AUGUACUUUUGGAGUGUACAUCUGUUCAUUCUCUUACUACUGGCAUUUGAGCAGUGCUAUGCAGUUAAGGAUUAUCUUUUUAAAAAAUGCGGGCAGUCCGGCUUUUGCAACCGAAACAGACACUUUGCUUCAGAAGUUGAAGGGUUGGGCGAUAAGUACAACUCACAUUAUUCAGUUGAUAUCUCAUGUCUUGAUAUAAAUGAUGCCGAUGGAAUUGUUAGAGGUGUCUUACUCAAGCAGUUGAACGAUGGAACUUUUGUCGAUCUAAACUUCAAUUUAACCCUCAUAAACAACAAUGAUCUACGACUAAGAAUUGACGAGGCAAAUAGAGAAGAGAGGAUCGGUACAAAUGUGACUUCUCCUGUUACCAAAAAGAGAUAUGAUGAAGCUUCAAAAUGGUCUUUUGUCAAUAGCACAUCAAUUAGAUCAAGCUCAUUCAAGCACACUUUGGGCAGCGAUAAGCUUACUUUACAGUAUGGGGGUCAUUAUAAGACUGAUGUUAUUCUCUACCCAUUUCAGAUUUACAUGUACUAUGAUGAAAACCUUCAGCUAGUGGUCAAUGAUCGAAACUUUCUCAAUAUAGAACACUAUAGGACAAAGGAAAGCGAAGAAGAUGAGAAUUCAAACGAUAUUGCACCAGAAGAGUCGAAAUAUAAUGCAUAUCAUGAUGACUUCAAGGAUUCAAAGGGGGAUACACUACCUUUAGGUCCGGAGUCUGUGGCAUUAGACUUUACGUAUCAAAACUAUACAGAUGUCUACGGUAUUCCUGAACAUGCAGACUCUCUUUCAUUAAAGGAUACAACUGAUGGCGAGCCAUAUCGUCUCUACAAUGUCGAUAUUUUUGAAUAUCCCGUUGAGCAAAAAUAUGCCAUGUAUGGUUCAAUUCCUUUCAUGAUGUCUGUGAAGCCAGAUACGGCUAUCGGUGUCUUUUGGGUCAAUAGCGCUGAUACUUACAUUGACAUCAAAAAGCAUCUUGCUGAAAAGCAGGGAAACGAUACUGAGAAACUUGUCGAUUCGUUGAAAAGUUACGAAUCAAGUGUAGACAAGGUUCAGACUCACUGGAUGUCUGAAAAUGGUGUAUUGGAUGUAGUUUUAUUUGUGAAGCCGACCCCGGCAGAGGUUUUGAAAGAAUACGGAUUGCUAACAGGUUAUUCCGCAUUACCUAAUAUCUUUUCCCUUGGCUAUCAUCAAUCCAGAUGGAACUAUAAUGACCAAAAAGACGUUCUAGAUGUGUCUUCACAUCUAGAUCAGAAUCAAAUGCCAUGCGAUGCCAUCUGGUUGGAUAUCGAGUAUACGGAAAAAAAGAAAUACUUCACCUGGGAUCCUCACGCUUUUCCAAAUUCGGACGAAAUGGCCGCUACCUUGAAUAAAACAGGAAGAAACUUGGUUGUCAUCAUUGAUCCACAUCUCAAGACCGGUUACAAGGUUAGUGAUGGCGUAAUAAAGGACAAAAUAGGCAUAAUGAAGUCUGAUCUGAAGGAAAUAUACAAAGGUCAGUGUUGGCCUGGUGAGUCUGUCUGGAUAGAUACUCUCAAUCCUGCAUCAAAUGACUACUGGAACAAGCAGUUUGCAAAUGGUACAGAUCUCUUGAAAUAUAGCACGAACAUUUAUCUUUGGAAUGACAUGAAUGAGCCAUCUGUUUUUGAUGGUCCCGAAACAAGUGCUCCAAAAGAUCUUAUUCAUUAUGGUAAUUGGGAACAUCGUUCUGUUCAUAAUCUUUAUGGUAUGACUUUUCAUGAGGCCACGUAUGGGGCACUUAUUGCCAGAAAUCCACACCUAAGACCUUUCAUUCUUACUCGUUCUUUCUUUUCUGGCUCCCAGCGAACUUCCACAAUGUGGACUGGUGAUAAUACAGCCAGUUGGGAAUAUCUCCGUGAAUCGAUUCGAAUGAUUUUGGCACUAAACAUUGCUGGUUUCCCAUUUGCUGGCUCUGAUGUCGGUGGCUUUUUCGAAAACCCCGAUGAAGAGCUACUAACCAGAUGGUAUCAAGCUGGUAUAUGGUACCCAUUCUUCAGGGCACAUUCACACAUUGACUCUAGAAGAAGAGAGCCAUAUUUGGCUGAGGAGCCAUAUAAAAGCUAUAUAUCCGAUGCACUCAAACUUAGAUACAAACUUUUGCCUAUCAUGUACACGUUGUUUUAUCGGACUUCCGUUUCAGGUUCCCCUGUUUUGAAACCAAUGUUUUAUGAAUAUCCUGGCAAUAAAAAGUCAUACAGCAUUGAUGAUCAGUUCUUCCUUUCGGAUCUUCUUGUGAGGCCUGUUAUGGAGCAGAAUCAGCAUAGAAUUAAGCUAUAUCUUCCGGAUGAUAAGAAAUACUACAAUUUCUUCAACCUGGACCAAGUGUUGUCCGGAGAAGGUUAUCAUUACAAUGUCUCUGCUGAGAUAAAUGAGAUUCCUGCUUUCUUGAGGGAGGGAUCAAUCCUACCUACAAAGCAGAGAUAUAGAAGAAGCUCCAAACUCAUGACCUAUGACCCUUACACUUUAUAUGUGACAAUAGAUUCAAGUGGUAAGUCAGCAAAUGGUGAGCUUUACAUCGAUGAUGGUAAGAGCUUUGACUAUCUGGAUAGCGAAGACUUCAUACUUCUAAACUUUACUGUUGAAAAUGGUGACACGCUUUCUUCUAAAGUGAUAGGUGGAAGUUCUUCAAAGCCUUUUACCAGUUCUUUGUCGGAGGUGAAAAUCGAAAAGAUUCUUAUUGCAGGUGCCGAUGAUGAGCGCAUGGAAGCUGCUCAAGUAGAACAAGAGGGGAAGAUCUGGUCCUCGGAUAUUGAAAAGAAUGAUAACUCGUCGGUUUUAUCCAUCAGAAAUCCUGCAGUUGCAAUCAACAAACAAUGGACGAUUAGGUUCUGA